AUGUACUACAAAACUACUAUGAUGUUGAUCUCCAAGCAGGGGCAGGAGCUGGGAGGAGACGGGGUUGUGGGGGCAGGAUGCCGGCUUGGGGAGAGGCUGCGUGUGCCCUGGCGAUGUGGCCUCAUAAAACAGGCCAGAACUGUGAUAGCAGUUGGACUUGGUGUUGCAACCGUUGCAUUUGCAGGUCGUUAUGCAUUCCACCUCUGGAAACCAUUGGAGCAGGCAAUUACAGAGACAGCAAAGAGGAUUUCAACUUCUAGUCUUUCAUCCUACUACAAAGGAGGAUUUGAACAGAAAAUGAGUAGGCGAGAAGCUAGUCUUAUUUUAGGUGUAAGUCCGUCUGCUGGCAAGGCCAAAAUCAGAACAGCCCAUAGAAGAGUCAUGAUUUUGAAUCAUCCUGAUAAAGGUGGAUCACCUUAUUUGGCAACAAAAAUAAAUGAAGCAAAAGACUUGUUGGAAUCGAGUACCAAAAAUUGAAGUACUAGACCCUGGGUCAUAGGACAAUUAAAAAAACCCAGCUUUUUACUUAUCUCUUUCUGUGGAAGAUCCAGCAGAUACGUUGUGCAGCAGCUUUCAGAUCUACUUGUUCUGCACACCUUCUUAAAACUGAAUUCAGUGUUUGUAUUUGUUACCAUAAUUAAAGGUUCAAGACUGCUUAAAAGUAAAUUGAAAUAUUUUACAUUUGAUGUGUCAGUCCUAGUGUAUUUUUACUGAAUUGUGACCCAUUACAAGCUUUGCUUUUUUUUUUUUUUUUAAGCAGUAGAUGCUCGCUUUUGAAACUUUUGGAAUUUUUUAAAAUCAAAAAAUAAGUCUUAAAUAUAGGCUUUUCCUUCAUUGAUGAAGACUUGACCACUGCCACAAAAUCUGUGAAAAUAAGUCACAGAAAGUAUGGCAGACCUCUAAGGUGAGUUUUCAGCAUCACCUUAGAAUCUCUUCAUUUGUGAAAUAGCAGGUUUUGUUCAUGAGUGCAGUUUUGGAGGUGCAAGUUGGAGUAAAAAUGACUAAUGGGACUACAGGCUGCAAUUUCCAUUAGCUCUACCUAUGGGACUUAGAGAUAUAAAGAAGGAAUCUUGAUUUUUGCCUAGAUCUUUUGCAUAUUAAAAGAUCCCUCAAAUUGUCAAAUGAUUAUGUGCAGCACACUUCUACUUUCCUUGAAGUCAUUGAGUAUGAUCACUCUGUAGAAAUCAGAGUGGCGCAGAGGUUUUUGUGGCGGUGGAAAUAAAGGAGGUUUGUCCACAUGGCAUGGAGUCAGAUGGAUGUUUAUAGGAUAUUGUCUAGAUCAUUGCAGUGGUGUCAGUCUGGUGUAAGCUUGAUACACUGGGAAACAAACAUGGCUGGACUUCUGCUGACAUUUACUUUGGCUAUUGCUCUGUGCAAACUUACUUCUUGUUUCUCUACCGUUAUGCCACGUUUCCUGAUUAUGCAGCAACCUGGUGCUGGCUUCUGGGAAUACUGAAGCCAUGGAUCUAUAGUUUUAAAGAGAACAAAUUAAUUGAUAGUUGUGACUGGAUGCCAUUUGGGGCACUGUUGGGUACUGCAAAUUCCUACCAGGAAGCUAGUUGCAGAUGAGUUAACUCAAAAGAGGAGGAUGAUGAGAUGAGACAUCAGUCUAAUAUAUUCUGAGUAAGACUGGAAAACGUCCUAGUAUUCACUCAAAAUAAUGCCAUCUAAGGUACAACAUACAACUCACUGAAGUGCUAUAGGUUUAAAAAAAAAAAAAAAACACAACUUAGUUGUCUUAUUUGCUAGGUUAUUUAGCCAGAGGAAAGUGGCUAUAGAUAGUUAACUAAGUAAAGCAUCCAACCACAUAUUAUUCCCUGGCACGUACAUAUGUCUGUCCAUCCAGUGGCAGAUAUCCAGAUUGUUUGGAUUUUUUUUUUUUUGGAAGGAAGAAAUAACAUGUUUUGGUUUUUUGUUUUUUAUCAGGCUCCUCCCACUAUAUAACUAAUCCCUUACUCCCACUAGGGAGAUGAUGGAGCAAGUUUAAUUUAACCCUGAAAGAAAAUGCUAAGGUUUAAUAAUCUAGGGACUUCUGGACAAUUAGAGUUACCGGACAUGUAUGACAUAUCUUGACUGGAUAAAGCAACAAAGGCCAAAGGGAGAAACCUGCCUGGGAAUGGACAUACACUAUAUGAGUACUACAGUACUGCCAUUUAAUUCUGCUCUAAUACAAGAAGUUGCUUAAUUUAAAGAUAACAGACUCUGUUCCUAUGCGAAAUACUUCAUCUUGCUAAAGGAAUAGCCACCACUUAAUGCAUGUUUUAAGAUUUGUUAUUCCUUUCACUGGUAUAAAAGUGUGUAUUAGCAGAAAAAAAUUGAUGAAAGUUUUUGUUUUGGGAGGGGACAGGUGGGAUGGAGGUUAUCUCUUAAUUUUUACAGGUGGAUUCUGUAAGUGAUGUAGAUCACUGCUCAAAAGUAAAGUUGCUGGUAGCAGAAAUGUUCCCUGUAAUGAUUUUGAACAGACCAGCUGUUCACACGAUCACCUGUCCUUUUGGCUAAGUAAAUGAAUGUAUAAAUAAAGCUAUUUCAUAUUAACUGAAA